AUAGCAGGAAUCAAAAUGCAGACCAUUCAGACAAUUGAGAUGCAGUUACCUGUUCUCCGAGAGAGUUUCCACUCCUCACCCUUCAGAGAGAGAGCAAAAGAGCGCAGGAAGAGCAGCCUGUCAAAUCUCAUCAGAAGACAACAGCAACAGUUAUUACGUGAGCAACAGCAGUCAAUAUUACAUCAGAAACAACAGCCAUCCUCACCCUUACAAGGCCACGCUGCACAUGCUCAGUUGGUCCGCUCCUCUAGCAGCCCAUUAUGUGACCUGGCGGAGCAAAUAGGCGAGCUAGAGAAAGUGAGAGGGAUUGGUAGGCAGGGGGAGCUGUCUCACAGACAGUCCUCAGAUACAUCGUCACAGCCAGCAUCAUCACAACAGCUGCUGCCGGCGGUGAAGAGAGAGAGAGAGGGAUUACUGAGGGAGGGGGAGAAAGUGCAAGGGAGCACUGAGAGGGAGAGAGAGGAGAAGAGAGAACGAGAAAGUCAAUCUGAGCGCACACGUUCCCAGCAUGGCCUGAUCGCUAAAGGUGUUCGCCUUCUGAGGAUCAUGGGAAACCAGGAGGCUAAGCAGAAGAAGCCCACUGUCACGACUGGAGCAGAAGGCGAUGGGAAUGGAGCAGGCACUGAGGACCAUGUCAGGAAGAUUAAGAAAAGUAAAUUAUCAAGUGAAUCAGGCAAGAAGAAAUCCAAAUCGGAGGGUUCCAAAGGUUCUGUGUUUUCCAACAUCCGCAUCCGAAAGGGCCUCUCCCGGAAAGUGUUGUCCAAAGAGGAUGUACUGGAUGGUGGGAUUAGGAUUAAGCCUGCUGAUGCCAAUGGCAACAGUAAUGGUGGAAUAUCUGGUGAUGAGUGUUGUACGCCUGACUCUAAGCAACUCACGGCUGAAAGUAGGCAGUCGACCCUGGACACCACAGAAGAUGAUGUUGAGAGAGAGACUGAGGGGUCGGGGUCAGAUACAGACCUUUGCAGCUAUCAUUCAGCUGCCGAGGCUCAAGAUCUGCUGUCGGAUAUCCAGAGAACUAUCAGACAGAUGGAGGGAGUUGGUGAGGGCCAAAACUGUCACUCUGUGGAUAAGGAAAGACAAGUUGGGUUCGAAGGCCAUGUUGAAGUCACUCAAGGUCCUACAAGAGGAAGUCUUGCUUGUGUGGGUGAACCGCAAAAGUUAGAAGGUGCAUCUGACAGCAAAGAUCCCAAUCUGAUAUGUACUGGGGAUACAGCAGGAAAGGUGAUCACAUCAAAAUUAAAGGUAGAAUCAGAUAGGAAAGUUGCUGAUAUUCCAAAUAAAGCUGAACAUUUGAUCAGUUUAUCUAGUGACUACAGUAUUCAGCAUGCUGUACCAGAGACAAAUAGUAUUCAGGAUGCAAGAGGUUUUACUCAUUCAACAAGUAACUACAGUUUUCAGGACAAUACAGGAACAUCCACUUCCUACGAGAGUGCUGAAGAGAUCUUGGAGAGUUCAUCUUUAUCAUCUCCUCUUGAAGAGUGUCAUUAUGAUAGCAAUAGUCUGACUCAGAGCCUUGAAGUUGGUCUGAAUUCGAGCAAUCCCAUGUCCAAAAUCAACCGUCUCAUUUUUGUUCCACAGAAGAGCAUUAGUAGUGUAGAGCUGAACGUAGAUGGUGAUGGUCCGGUAGAGGAGGUAGACAGAGGAUUUUCCACCCAACCGAGAAGGAAAAGCAGUACUGCGUCUAUGACACAAUGGUCAUCUGAGAACUUUUUAGGCUCUGGGUCACGACCCCGUAGAACCUCCAGUGCAAACCUCGGGGUUAAACCUUAUCCCACAAUACAGACUUCUUAUGUUAAAACAACCACCAGACAGCUCACCUCACCCAUAAUAUCCCCAUUCACCACACCUUCCCCAAGCCCUAUGUGUCCUCGCAAGGUCGGCUUAGAGUUUGGAACUGGUCAAGGGUCGUACCGAGCCGGGAGCUGGAGAACACGAAGACAGCGAUCCUGUAGCAUUGCAGGUCCAGUGGGAUGCCAUGAGGAAUGGUGUGAAGUCAUACAUGAUCAGUCUGAACUUAUUGAGAGUGGCUUCCAGACUGAUAGAUCCAGACAAACAACAUCCACUUUUCCAGAUGUGUUUUCAGGUAGCUCUCUGUUAGAGAGGUGUUUUGUACAGUGGGGUUCUUCUAAAGAUGACGGUGCUAUGCAGGACAUCGAGAGAUUCUGUUCUCGUAUUCUGGAUCUGGGGAUUUUACAGCCCUUCAGUGACUGCAUUAGGGAGCCAUCCACAGGAAGUGACGUCACAGAUAAGCCCACUUUCAAUAAGGAUCAAUUGUACACCUGGGCUCCAAUGGGUCAGCAUGACAUCAGAACACCUGGGCGGUUGCAAAGAAUGUGGCCUCCGACCCUUACUGCUGCACAGGAUGGAUCCAUGGGGCAAUCUGGAAGUGUUCUGGAAGGGUCUUCCGUUUCCAUUCAGGAGCUAGAGCAAACAAUUGAAGAGUUACUUGAGAAAAUAUCAGAAAUAGAAAAAGACAAUCAUGUUGUGGAUGGAAAACUUGCAAGGAAUGUUCGGGAAGUGGCUGGUUUUAAUCAAACUAUCAAACAGACUAAAGUAAACGGACAACAUAUUCUGCAUCAUGUGAAAGCCAUUCAGACCUCGCCUGUCGAGGAAGCCUUCAAAUUUCCAGUGCCUUUAUCAAACCAAUCACAGACUCCCAAAUUUAGUGACAGUGCCACUUCACCAAUGGGACUACCCUAUACCUGUAGCUGCCAAAGAACCACUUCUUCUCAACCAUUAUCAACACCACCACCCCCUCAACUUCCUCCUCCGCCACCACUCCCAGGUAUGACUCCAUCAAAACCCACAGGUAUAAUCCCACCUCCACCUCCUCUUCCAGGUUUUGUUCCACCACCUCCAUUUGUGGGCAAAGCUCCACCCCCUCCUCCACUCCCAGGCAUGGCCCCACCUCCUCCACCUCCACUUCCAGGUAUGGCCCCACCUCCUCCACCUCCACUGCCAGGCAUGACCCUACCCCCUCCUCCCCCUCCUCCUGGCUGUGGACCUCCACCGCCCCCUCUUCCACCUGGAAUUGGACCUCCACCACCCUUCAUGGGUUUGGGGCUUCCAGGCAUGGCUCAGGAGUCUGUCCCCCUGAAGGCUGUCGUUGAGCCUCCACGACCUAUGAAACCACUCUACUGGACCCGGAUUCAGCUACAUGCCAAAAAGGAUGCCAAAAGUGCUUUGGUGUGGGAGAAUGUUCAAGAGCCAUCGGUAGACUUUGACGAAUUUGUGGAACUGUUUGCCAAAAGUGCAGUCAAGGAAAAGAAGAAACCUAUCUCAGAUACAAUAACCAAAUCGAAGGCCAAACAGGUAGUCAAGCUGCUGAGUAACAAACGUUCUCAGGCGGUGGGGAUUCUGAUGUCCAGUCUUCAUUUAGAUAUGAAAGACAUCCAGAAUGCCAUCUUGAACAUGGACUGCACAGUGGUGGAUCUGGAGACACUCCAGGCUCUGUAUGAAAACAGAGCUCAGAAAGAAGAGAUGGACCAAAUCGAGAAACAUGUCAAGUCUUCAAAAGACAAAGAAAAACCAAAACCACUGGACAAGCCUGAACAGUUUCUGCUGCAGUUGUCAGAGGUUCCUCAGUUCUCAGAGCGGGUUUUUUGUAUUCUCUUCCAGUCCACCUUCACAGAGUGUGUUACAUCAGUUCAGCGCAAGCUAGAAACACUUGGGAAAGUCUGUAUGGCUCUACAAUCAGGUCAAGCUGUCCUGCAGGUUCUAGGUUUGGUUCUAGCUUUCGGGAACAUCAUGAAUGGAGGCAACCGGAGCAGAGGACAGGCAGACGGGUUUUCCCUUGACAUCUUGCCCAAGUUAAAAGACGUCAAGAGCAGUGAUAAUUCUCAGAGCCUCCUGUCCUACAUAGUUGCUUACUAUCUGCGACACUUUGAUGAGGAUGCAGGUAAAGAAACGUGCAUGUAUCCACUUCCCGAACCUCAGGAUCUAUUUCAGGCAUCGCAGAUGAAGUUUGAAGAUUUUCAACGUGACCUUCGCAAGCUACGGAAAGACCUUAAUGCCUGUUCAGCAGAAAGAGAAAAGGUGUGUAAUAUCUCAUCUGAUGAGCACCUGCAGCCCUUCAAGGACAAAAUGGAAGAUUUUCUAACUAAAGCCAAAACUGAGCUGGAGCUCCAGGAAAAACAGCUCACUGACACGCAGAGGAUUUUUCUGGAGCUGAGCGUGUUUUUCUCGGUCAAGCCUAAGGCAGGAGAGAAAGAGGUUUCACCGAACACAUUCUUCACAGUGUGGCACGAGUUUUCAUCAGAUUUCAAGGAGCUGUGGAAGAGAGAGAAUAAAAACCUCCUGCAGGAGCGGUUGAAAGCUGCAGAAGAGACUUUCAGACAAGCACGAGAGAAGGCUACCUACAAUGUUAAACCUAAACAUGCAUCAGGAAUCAAAGCGAAGCUGGGACAGAAGAUGUGAAAUUCUGCUAUACCGAAUCCCUCAUGACUUGUUUAUGUGUCUGUUUGUUCUUUCUUUUUUCAUAAUAAGUUACUUCAGCGUAAACUUAAUAGCCAUGAUAUUAAAUGUUUAAUGUUAUUGUAUGAUCUGAAUACAUUUGUCAUUUCUGUAUUUUUAAUAAUGACAAUCCAAGCUUGAAGUGCCCAUAAAGUUCAGAAACUUUACCUGUUUGGUAACACUUUAUUUGAAGAGGCAUUCAUAAGACUGAUGUGACACCUUUAUAGUUAUCACAUGAUAUAUAACACAAAUAUGGCUUUAUUCAAGCUGAUGAAAACUGUAAUUGUCAGUAGUUAAGUUAGGUCUUUUUAAAUGCAAAGAUGACAUUGUUUAUUGUCUUUAUGACAAACUAACAUUACCAAGACAAUAUCCGUAACUCGUCAAAAAUCUGUCAUAAACAUGAUUGCCAUGUGGUCCUUAUAAUCAUUCAUUCAUUUUCUUUUUGGCUUAGUGCCUUUAUUAAUCAGGGGUCGCCACAACAGAAUGAUCCACCAACUUAUGCAGCAGAUGUUUUACGCAGCGGAUGCCCUUCCAGGUUCAACCAUUACUGGGAAACAACCAUACACCCUUGCAUUUACACACAUACACUAUGGACAAUUUAGCUUAUUCAAUUCAUCUAUAGUGCAUGCCUUUGGACUGUGGAUGAAACCGGAGCACUUGGAGGAAACCCACGCGAACACGGGGAGAACAUGCAAACUCCACACAGAAAUGCCAACUGACCCAGCUGGGGCUCGAACCAGCGACCUUCUUGCUGUGAGGCGACAGUGUUAACCACUGGGCCACCGUGUCGCCUGUCCUUAUAAUCUGUCAUGCAUAUUUUCUGAUCACUUUUUCAGUGGAACAAUCUGAAAAUUGUCAUUAAAAUUGUGAAUACUCUGUCAAAUCAAUUAAAUAAGUAAAUAAGUAACAGCAUACUGUAGUUGAGGCCAAGACAAAUAUGAAUGGUACUGUUAUACAAUGCAUGACGCAAUUAUAAUGGCCUCAUGACACACACAAAUAGAUCACAACCUGUCUUUGUGAAUGUCAAGUUGUCAUAACAAAGAAAUCUCAUACAAUGCCUACUUUGCAUUCAAAAAAACCUAACUUAGCUAAUGACACGUUAAGACAAUUGUCAUAUCAUGAAUAUAAAGUUUUAUUCAUGUCUGUGUCAAAUUCAUGAAUAAAAAAGUCGUAUGAACCCCUUCAAGUAAAGCAUUAAACCUUUAUUUAGGUCAUACGCUACAUUGCUGCAACAUCUAUUUUAUCCUCUGACAAAAAAAACAUACUCUGAUUGGUUAACUACUUGCAGCCAUGUCGGAAAUAAAAACAAGCCUCUACCAUUACUGAAAAAAGUAAUGCCCCUUACCAUAUACUGCAUAUUUCUAUCAAAAAACAUGUGUGUAUGCCUAUCAAGUGGGUAUGAAACAAGUCUAAAUAGUUUUUUGACCCUAAUAUAACUUGACAGUAUUGUGAAACAUAAAGAUGUAUACAUACAUCUUUUUUGCCUUUGUUAUGACAGGAAAAGUAUAUUGACAGGAAGGGAAAAUGGAGAGAGAGGGGUGAUCAGGAGAUUUGCGUGUAGGGACUCAAACUCUGCACCCCCAGCAUGCAGUUGUCCUCUAUGUGAGCGCAGUGUAGGCUGUCAGGUCUUAAAAUGACCUGAUCCUGAAAUAUGUUGUAUGGUUAGCACUGUCGCCUCAUAGCAAGAAGGUUGCUGGUUUGAGUCUUGGCAUUUCAUUGUGGAGUUUGCAUGUUGUCCC